AUUAAUCAUUAAUAGGCGUGCAAUUUGUCGGUAAAAUGAAUCCAUUUAAAGCACGUCCGCAGCAUCUGAAAUCUGUAUAGAAGCACAGCCGGCGAAAUGAAGUGGUCUCUUGUUUUGGUAUUUCUAUUUGGCAUCCUAGCUAUGACAACUUCUAAGCCCCCAAUAAAUUGGCGGAGGGACUUUAAAACUACGCGUGAUUGUGAAAGACAAGAAAAUGUUUCAUCGAUUGACGCUUACGAAGCUGUAUUUUUAAAGAAAAACGAGCCCGUAGAUUACAAAGUCAAGUGCUUUUUACACUGUGCCAUCGAAGAAUCGGUUAAUUUCAUACAGUCUUUUAAUUUAGUACCGCUAAGAAAGGUCGAUAACUGCAUGUUGAUCAAGGAUGAGGAUAAGUGCGAGGAGGGCUUGAUGAAGUUUAAAUGCUAUUACAAAAAUUAGGUAAUUUCAACUUUGACUUAAAAAUAAAGUUUGAAUUUCCAAAUCCAA